AUGAACAAGAGACUCGAUGAGCUCAAGAGCACGCUCGUGCAAGCUCCUCCUGCCGCAAGUCAAGCGACAAAGCCGCCUCAGUGGCUGGGAGAGCUGCUGAAAAGCGUGCCCGGUCUACCGGCUGACGCCGUGCCGCACAACCGCCCCAAGCACGCCCAUCUCCAAAGUGCGAUAGCGGCAGCAUCGCUUCAUCCAGCGAUCGAGGCCUGUCUUCACCUCAUUAAUAGCGAUCUGUAUUCUGCGCACUUCCUGGUUCGAAAGGCCCAAGGUGGCAGCCGGUACUUGGACUGGUUGCAUGCCGUGCUGCACAAGCUCGAAGGCGACUUUCGAAACGCCAAGAUGUGGUACACUGACCUCGGAAACACCAAUGCAGGCUCUCGCAGUCAGGCCGAUGACAACAAGAAAACUGACGAGACACCAGCCUUUGGCAGGUUCCACGAGUUCUGGUUUGUACCGACAUGCAACGGAGGCCGGGGUAGCCAGAAGCGCGCUGAUAGCCUCGAGCUGGCAAGCUGCAAUGAUCUCCCGAAUUGCCUUGAGUUGACAGCACAUGGACACACCGACCUCGUCUUUCUCACUUCGCUCGCUGUCAAAGCCGCCUCUUCCAAUGCUGUAAACGACAAUUCGGUCACAGGCGAGUUUGCAAAGCACCACGCCGACACGACGCUUGCAGAAGACAAGAUCAAGCUGUCGCAAUCCGCUUUCGGCCUGCAAGACUUGCAGCUGCUCUACCGUCUACUGACACAUUCAACGAGCUGCCGAGACACGGUCAGAAGCUUGUCGCAGCUCGAGUUGGUAUGGAUGAUCGGAGCCAUGGUACAAGACUUUGGCUGGCGCGCGUACACCAUAGCCGAUACAGUAGAUGCGCUCAAAGUCGAGUCAACUCCAGCAUAUCAGAGUGAAGGUGAUGCACGCAAGGCUAAAGCGUCCAACAUGGUGCUGAACCCUGGACAAGGCCAAAGAAAGUUCUGA